AUGUCUGAGAAAAAUAAGCCGCCAGCUCGUAAGCCGAUGCCAGGAUGGCUAAAUUUCGUGUUUGGAGGGAUGAGCGGUAUGAUGGGCAUUUGUGUAGUACAACCAGCUGACUUGGUAAAGACGAGGAUGCAGCUCUCGGGGCCCUCGGGAAAGAAGUCAGUAUUGGGGGUUGUCGGGGAUAUCCUCAGGAAAGAAGGGGUGUCUGGUUUCUACACAGGCUUAUCAGCUGCGCUGUUCCGGCAAGCGACCUACACGACUGGGCGAUUGGGGUGCUAUAAUGGGUUGAGCAAUUAUUACACAAGCACUUACGGUGUUCCGAGCUUCCCUAUAAAGGUCGUGAUGGGCAUGGCAGCGGGGGGACUCGGAGCUUUCAUCGGUACCCCCGCUGAAAUAGCACUAAUCAGGAUGACGGCUGACGGCCGCCUGCCGCCGGAGCAGCGCAGGAAUUACAAAAACGUCUUCAAUGCUCUUUCUAGAAUUAUAACGGAAGAGGGGCCAACCAUGCUGUUCCGUGGAGCCACCGCAACCGUCACGAGGGCAAUGGUCGUGAACGCGGCGCAACUUAGUACUUAUGCACAGGCUCGAGAAAUGCUAGUAUCACAUCUCGGCGAAGGAAUUGGUCUCCAUUUCGUUGCGUCCUUAAUAUCGGGAUUGGUAACAACUUUUGCGUCUCUACCCGUCGAUAUUGUUAAGACACGGGUACAAAAUUCAGCAAAAGGGACAAGCCAAGUUACUGUGUUAAGACGAAUAAUAAAAAAUGAAGGAGUCUUCGCACUGUGGAGUGGUUUCAUACCGACGUAUGCGAAAAUAGGACCCCUCACAGUCCUUAUAUUCAUAUUCUUAGAACAGUUAAAUGCUAUGUACUAUAAGUGGACGGAUUCUUGAAUCUUGAUACUAGUUACGUAAUAUAACAAAGUUGUUAGUAUUCUACAAAACAUU